UGGUAUUUGCGCAUGCGCGGAUGAUUGUGUCGUCCAGUACCAAUCGUAUCGUAAAACGCAACGUAGCAGUGUGGUCUCUAAGUCUGCAUUAAUUUUUUUGUACCUAUUCUUCAAUCGUAUGAGAACCCAAACUUUAUUAGUUCUUCGUGUCAGGAUUAACUCGUCUCAGUGAACUUUGAAGCGUCUCUUCUCAGGCUGAGCUUGCUGGCUAACUUAGCUUACUAGUUAGCUUAGCAUGUUAGCUGCUGACAAAGAUACGCGGAAGUGAUCAAGACAUCGCUAAGAAGAGAUCAACUGUGGGAACCCUCCUUCACCGGUGUUUCAAUGAUAGGCCCACGACACCUCCAGAGGGCUCAUCUGCAACACCUGGCGUCCCAGUAGCUCCCUCCAUGAGACCUUUCUCCUCUCAACUCCUUCCCAGCUCAUCCAGUGCAGUCCAUUUCCUUCCGGUCACCGAGACGUCUGUGAAGAACAUCUUCUCCCUGAGCAACAGUAGUGGAGCUUUAAGAUGGUGAAGGAAGAGCCACAUCCCAUCCACAUUAAAGAGGAAGAAGAGGCGACACAGACACUGCACAUUAAAAAGGAGAAGGAGGACCCACUCACCCCCCAUUUCAAAGAGGAAGAGGAGACGCCAGAGACCCCCCACAUUAAGGAGGAAGAGGAGGAACACAGCAUAAGUCAGGAGGGAGAGCAUUUUGAAUGUUUGGAGGAGUUCCCAGUGAUUGGUGUGAUUGUGAAGAGUGAAGAUGAUGAGAUCAAAGGUGAAAGUGAGGAGAAGAGAGAGGCGGAGCCUCCAAGCAGCAGCUCAACUCAACACAUGACAACAGAAGCUGAUGGAGGAUCACAAGCAGACAAGAUCUUAGCUCCACUAUCAGAUAGUGACGACACAACGUCUCACUCUCCUGACACUGAUGAUGAAGACUCUAAAGAUAAUAAGACAUGUCACACUGACAACACACACUUGACAUGUUCUUACUGUGACAAAACUUUUAAUCACCAUUGUCAUCUGAAAGUACACAUGAGAACACACACUGGAGAAAAACCUUUUUCCUGCUCAGAAUGUGGUAAAGGUUUUGUACAAAGUGGUGAUUUGAAAGUACACAUGAGAAUACACACGGGAGAAAAACCCUUUUCCUGUUCAGUCUGCGGUAAAUAUUUUGCCCGAAGGCAACAUUUGCAAAUACACAUGGUAAUACACACUGGAGAAAAAUCUUUUUCAUGUUCAUUGUGUGGUAAAUGUUUUAUACAAAGUAGUGAGUUGAAAGUACACAUGAGAACGCACACUGGUGAAAAACCAUUCAUGUGCUCAAUUUGUAGUAAAAGAUUCACACAGAAGGCAAAUUUGAUCAUGCACACAAGAAUACACACUGGUGAAAAACCUUAUACAUGUUCAAUAUGUGGUAAAGGUUUUGCACAAAAUCAAUCUUUGAAAGCACACAUGAGAACCCACACUGAAGACAAAACAUUCAUGUGCUCAAUUUGUAGUAAAAGAUUCACCCAGAAGGCAUAUUUAUUAAGACACACAAGAAUACACACUGGUUAAAAACCUUGUAUAUGUUCAGUAUGUGGUAAAGGUUUUACACAAAGUCACUGUUUUAACGCACACAUGAGAAUACACACAGGUGAGAAUGUGUAGAGUUGCAGUGUGUGUGGUGAAAGAUUCUAUUUUAAGUACCAGUGUAAGAAACACUGGUGAGAACAGCAGCAGAAAAUGAAGCUGCAGGAUUUGAAAUAAGCUGUCAAGUCUUUAACUUUCUAACAACAUUGGCACAUAUAACAUGUGUGACAUCAUUGUUGUGUGUGUAACACAAUCUUUCUAAGACGAUUCAUUCAUAAAUUAGAUACUUUAGAUUGGUGCUUUUAUUUCAGUCAAGUACAAUAAUAUACAACAUUGUGUACUUUUAUUUAAAUAUGAACAUCAUUUGACUGAAAAACUGAGAAUAAACAUUACGAAACAUGUUACAUACGGAACAUUUUGUGUAGAUAUUCAUAAUUAACUUUUAUAUGUACCGUAUUUUUCGGACUAUAAGUCACAGUUUUUUUCAUAGUUUGGCCUGGGGUUCGACUUAUACUCAGGAGCGACUUAUGUGUGAAAUUAUUAACACAUUACCGUAAAAUAUAAAAUAAUAUUAUUUAGCUCAUUCACGUAAGAGACUAGACGUAUAAGAAUUUAUGGGAUUUAGCGAUUAGGAGUGACAGAUUGUUUGGUAAACGUAUAGCAUGUUCUAUAUGUUAUAGUUAUUUGAAUGACUCUUACCAUAAUAUGUUACGUUAACAUACCAGGCAUGUUCUCAGUUGGUUAUUUAUGCGUCCGAGUCAUACCAAAGACUAUAUAAAUGGGACCCAUUACCUCCCUGCUUGGCACUCAGCAUCAAGGGUUGGAGUUGGGGGUUAAAUCACCAAAAUGAUUCCCGGGCGCGGCGCCGCUGCUGCCCACUGCUCCCCAAGGGGAUGGGUCAAAUGCAGAGGACAAAUUUCACCACAUCUAGUGUGUGUGUGACAAUCAUUGGUACUUUAAUCUUAAUCUUAAUCUUAUAACAUACACUUAUUCAGCCUGUUGUUCACUAUUCUUUAUUUAUUUAAAAUUGCCUUUCAAAUGUCUAUUCUUGGUGUUGGGUUUUAUCAAAUACAUUUCCCCAAAAAAUGCGACUUAUACUCCAGUGCGAUUUAUAUAUGUUUUUUUCUUUCUUUAUUAUGCAUUUUCGUCCGGUGCGAUUUAUACUCCGGAGCGAUUUAUAGUCCGAAAAAUACGGUAUUCAUAAUAGUAUUGUGUGGUAUUUUUUUAAUAUAAUGAAGCUUUACAUAUUUGUAUUUCUAAUUCUAAAUGAUUCCAUAGAUGAACUCCUUUAUAUGAUAUACAUAUUUGUUUUACAUUUGUUCAUACUUUCGCUUUUGAGUACACAUAAAUCCAUCUUAGUUCAUAUUUACUGGUUCAUAUCUGAAACACCUUCUGGACCACUUCUGGAAGCAUAUUAUUAUUUACUUUAUACAUCAUUUGAGCAGUUGUGUUUUAUACAAAAUCACUUACUUUUAAAAUGUGUGACAUUAUGAAUAAUUUUUUCGGUCUUAAUGAUACAUUCUAUUAAUUAUCUUUAUACCCCAAAAGGGACAAGCGGUACAAAAUGGAUGGAUGGACUUUCUUUUGUAAUAUGAAUAUUGUUUUGUGAAUAUUUGAUAUGUAUUUCCCCAGACCUUUAUGCAAUAAACAAUGUAUGCGUCCAACAAAAUUUGGGAACAAUAAAUCUAGUUAAU